GCUUUUUGCGUCAGUUGGAGAAUAGAACAACAUCUUGAUAGUUGUACAAGGACUCUACGACAAUCCAGCCAAGAAUCUAUAUCGAAUCUACUCCCUUUCCCCCCUCCUCGACGUUGUCUGUUCUCUUUUUACCGCCCAACAGCUCUGAACAUUCUACCUUAUCACCGUAGUCCGUAGUGAGACAUUCACCAGUUACUCCAGGCCGCACUGGCCGGCAUAGGCGUUAAAGAGGGCUCCGCGUGACUGACUAAGUGGACUAAGUCAGCACCAAGAUCGGGAAAAAGUGGUCUUGGGUUUAGCUUUUCUUUCUUAAAGAUGGAGGCAAACCCAAACCCAAAUUCAAGCGCGAAACCAAGCCGUGGAAGUUUUUCUACCAAGCGGCUCUCAUCCUACCAAGACCCAAACUACUACGGCCAGUUACUCGAUCCUAACUUCGGCCAACGUCCUUCAUUCUCCGAUUCGGACGGUAACAAGCGCAUUUCUAUCUCAUCCUUCUUGUCUCUGGCGUCGGCUCCUUCCUCUGCUGAUUCUGACUGUGGCACUGCGCAGCGUUCUGUGUCUGCUCAGGCCCUCAUGGCUUCGGGUAAGGGUCUGAGCCCCAUCCUAGGCCAGUCGGAAGCCGGUGUCUCGAAUGUCACUGUCACAACCUCUUCCAGUCCUAAUCCCCAAGGUCAAGCUGGCAGUGGCCCGCAGCUCACGCCGUUGAAUACUCACCACACCCACUCGCUUGACGUAGUAAAGCGAAGCCCGGUGCCUUCUCAUCCUCCUCCACCGACUUCUAAUCCCACCGCUAGAUCUCAAACGAAUAGAGAUCGUAGCAGGACCAAACGUCGUUUCAGCGGUAGCACUGCGACUAGCAGUCACAGCCAAAGUAGCGAACGAGGUGCCCAAUCCAGAGAGAAGGAAGACACAAAGCCAGCGCCCUGGGGAAUCAUCGGUGUUUGUGCCCUGGAUUCGAAAGCACGCAGCAAACCUAGCAGGAAUAUCCUUAACCGCAUCAUUGCCAAUCGUGACUUUGACGUUGUCGUUUUCGGAGAUAAAACUAUCUUAGAUGAAGGCGUGGAGAACUGGCCGAUAUGUGACUAUCUGAUUUCAUUCUAUUCAGAUGGAUUCCCGUUGGACAAAGCUAUUGCAUACGUUAAGGCGCGAAAGCCGUUUUGCGUCAACGAUGUUCCUAUGCAAAAAAUCUUAUGGGACCGACGGCUUUGCCUCCGCAUGCUAGAUAAGAUCAACGUUCCAACACCAAAGCGAAUAGAGGUGAAUCGUGAUGGGGGCCCAGAUCUACUCACUCCCGAGGUUGCUAAACAUACCAGGGAAGUUUCAGGCCUUGAGCUAGAAACCACAGAUUUUGGGCAGUACCGCGCUCCUAGAAAAGUCGAGUUGCUCGACGAUGGUGAUAUUCUCAGCGUUGAUGGCGCACUUCUGAAAAAGCCCUUUGUCGAAAAACCCACAAGUGGAGAGGAUCACAACAUUAUCAUCUAUUUUCCUCGGUCAGCCGGCGGCGGCGCUAGGAAGCUUUUCAGAAAAAUCGGUAACAAGAGUUCCGAGUUCGUUGAGGACCUCGUCGUUCCCCGGGCAAUUACCGAGCCUAAUGGCAGCUUCAUAUAUGAAAAAUUCAUGCAGGUGGAUAAUGCAGAAGAUGUCAAGGCCUACACGGUUGGAUCUCACUACUGCCAUGCCGAGACGAGAAAAUCACCCGUCGUAGACGGCAUAGUCAGACGCAAUACACAUGGCAAAGAAAUUCGCUAUGUAACAGCUCUGAGUCCGGAAGAGAAGGAAAUGGCUAGCAAGAUAGCCAGAACUUUUGGUCAAAGAGUUUGUGGGUUUGACCUGCUCCGCGCCGGAGGCAAGAGCUGUGUCAUUGAUGUCAAUGGUUGGAGUUUCGUCAAGGAUAAUGAAACGUACUACGACCACUGCGCCAGCAUUCUCAAAGAAAUGUUCAUCACGGAGAGGCUCAAGCGAGGCGGUCCAACACCCCCGCUCCCAUCCCCGGCGCUUAGUGAUAUGAACGACCCCUUUACGAGGGCACUCCUAGCAACUAAAGAGAAAGAAGCGCUUCCAGCUGCACAAACAGUGCAUCAAUCUUCAUUGCCUCUCACUACUAGCACCCUCGCCCCGGAAGAUCCCACAAAGGAAUCGAAUGGUGAAGAGAAAUCUUCAGGAAGCCCCACUACAGUGAGAUCUGAUACGAAUAUGUCUCAUAUAGCGUCGAAACUGCAAAAUGGUAUUCUCAGUCCUCUUGCUCAUCUCGCUGCGGGCGGGUCAACUUCGAGUAGUAUUCCUGCGACUGCCCCGCCAACACACCCAGCUACUCCGGUUCAUGAGAUGGAGGAGCAAACGGACUCUCGACCUACUCCACCUCCUCCACCACCAAAGCAUUCUUGGAAGCUCAAAGGCCUUGUCUCAGUCAUUCGCCACGCUGAUCGUACACCGAAACAAAAGUAUAAGUUUACCUUUCAUACGCAGCCUUUCAUUGAUCUCCUCAAGGGCCACCAAGAAGAAGUUUUGUUAGUCGGUGAGGCAGCGCUUGCAAGUGUCCUCGACGCAGUUGAUAUGGCCAUCAAGCAGGGAAAAGAAGAUCGUAACAAACUCAAAGCUCUACGGAAUGUCCUCAUCAAGAAGGGAGGAUGGGCUGGCACAAAGGUGCAAAUCAAGCCAAUGUUCAGCAAAAAGAAGUCAGCAGAGGCGGUGCCCGAGUCGACAGCUGGUGUUCCCGGAGCAGUUGAAGCUGAUUUAGUGGCUGGAAGCGCACCCCAGCAUCGAAAAGAAGGAGAAUUAGCUUCUCAGGCAAAUUCUUCUGAGAAAGACCAUGGCUUUCAGGACGUAGAUGGUGACGAAGAGACGAAGGCUCAAGAUAAGGGUCGACAGAGCGCGCCACGUCGCCAGGACUCGAUGUCUGGCGUAACUAUGUCCAAGUUCACCGCAGCGGACAACAGUUUUGUGCUAGACAAGCUGCAAUUAAUCGUUAAAUGGGGUGGUGAACCGACCCACUCAGCACGGUAUCAAGCCCAGGAGCUAGCACAGAAUAUGCGAAACGAUUAUAUGCUCCUAAAUCGAGAUAUUCUUGACGAAGUUCAUGUUUUUAGCAGUUCGGAGCGUCGGGUCACUACGAGCGCUCAAAUAUGGGCGACGUCUUUUCUAGACCAGAAAGAACUUCCAGAGGAUUUUAUCACAAUUCGAAAGGACCUUCUUGACGACUCCAACGCGGCUAAAGAUGAAAUGGACAAAGUUAAGAAGAAGUUGAAGGGAUUACUCCGUAAGGGUAAUGAGCGUCCAUCGCAGUUUGCUUGGCCUGAGGGCAUGCCUGAGCCGUCUGAGGUUCAGACAAGGGUGGUUCAGCUGAUGAAUUUUCACCGCGAUGUGAUGCAGCAUAAUUACAAUAAGCUGUAUAGCGGUGCUGUGAAUUCACUCAAUGCGAUCAACAACAAUAACUCAGACAAAGCUCCUGGCGAAAGCUCCAGCGCUUCAAUCGCUUCGUCACUCUCACAGGUUAAUACUGUUAACAAUAUUCAGACCCGGUGGUGCUGUGGAGAAGAUGCUGAGCUUUUCCGAGAACGCUGGGAGAAGCUUUUUGCCGAGUUCUGUGAUCACGAGAAAAUUGACCCAAGUAAGAUUUCCGAGUUGUACGAUACCAUGAAAUUUGAUGCAUUACAUAACCGCCAAUUUCUCGAAUGGGUGUUCACGCCGCCGAAACACAUGCUAGAGGAAGAAUUUGGCAUCACACUCAGCCGCGAUACCAAGAGCGUACUUAAGGAGGGGGAUGAAAGCAGCAGGACAAACGACGACAAGUCCGAGAAGAACCAAUUUGGGGCUUCUCCUCCUAAUGAGCGAGCCGACAAGCCUGAAGAGAGGGGGGAGAGAUCAGAGGCGCAAAAUGCCAUGAGGCGAAUCUUUAGACGGAGGUCGUGGAUGAAGCACCCUAGUGAGAUUGCGCAGCCUGAUGAAUAUUUCCAUCUUCAGAGGGGUAAUAAUCGGACCAAGGCGAAAACCGAUGCAAGGUUCGAGCCCCUUCGAGAGUUAUAUCAGCUGGCGAAGGUGAUGUUUGAUUUUAUAUGUCCUCAAGAGUACGGUAUCUCAGACAGUGAAAAGCUCGAGAUUGGACUAUUAACUUCGUUGCCUCUUCUCAAGGAGAUCGUCCAAGACCUCGAAGAGAUGCAGGCUUCGGAAGAUGCCAAAUCAUUCUUCUACUUUACCAAGGAGUCACACAUCUACACAUUACUCAAUUGUAUUCUUGAAGGGGGUAUCGAGACAAAGAUCAAUCGUCGUACCAUCCCAGAGCUAGACUAUCUUUCCCAGAUCUGUUUUGAAUUGUAUGAGUCUGAGAACAAAGGCGCAUUAGACGCACCACUGCCUGGUCAGCCAGCCUUCAACUACAGCAUUCGAAUUACGAUCAGCCCAGGCUGCCAUAUCUUUGAUCCGCUAGAUAUUCAACUGGAUAGCAAGCACUGUAUAGGAUGCGCACCGCGGCGGAGCCUUACGCCUCAUGGCGACUGGAAGGAAAUCAUCGAGACCUUGCGGGCAAAAUUCCACCAGUAAGUGUCUCUCUUUCCAGUCUCGCUUGGGGCUUCAAAGUCCAGAUUGCUUAUACGGGAUACCACAGGGUCAAACUGCCGAAAACUUUCUUGGCAGUUAAUUUGUCCGAUGCUUUCACCUUCCAGGAAAAAGAACGCCAAAACUCCGAAGGCGACGUGUUCGAUAGGGAUCAUCAGGACGAUGAGCGGGAAGAAGUAUUGGAAAUGAGGGGCUCUGAGCCGUCUAAUUCAUCAUUGUUGCAUGAUGCCGAUGGCGGCCUGGCGACAGACUCUGCGCGGGACGACAGAUCAGGUACAUACUAGGCAUAGUCAGAGGUUAAAGACCUGCGUCUUUCAUCAUAAACUAUAUCUCCAAACCUAGCCAAUCUUCUAAACCCCCUGUGAUAGGUAAUGAUAC